AUGUCAAAUCGACAGCUGGGCCCUCUCCGGUCCCUACUGUAUCUUGCGCCAGUUUUUAUUUUGGGUCCAAUAAUUGGCUAUCGGCACCACACCACACUGCCGGAACCUGUAACAGAGCUAAUAAACAACCGCACCAACCUACCGCAAAUCUGCGAAGCCAAUAUUUUAGAGUACUCUAGGAUACUAUCAGAGGACAUUGGUUAUCGAACCGUCGGAACUGCAGAACACGCCCAGGCCGACUUAUGGAUGCACCAGACAAUCAAGGACAUUAAGACUGAGUGCGACCGCAUCGUGAAGGAAAGCGGCGGUAGAAAGCUGGAAUGUGAAAUAUGGAGACAAGAAGGGAGCGGCAGUCACCGAUUCGACAUAAUGAACACACGUCUGUACAAAACCUAUGUCUCCCUCAGUAACUUUAUCGUUCGCGUUUCUGAUGGUACCGACGAGGGCAAGAAACACGCGGUGCUUGUCAAUUCCCAUCUCGACAGUCAACUACCUGGUCCUGGGGCUGCUGACGACGCCAUUUCUGUGGGAAUCAUGCUAGAUGCUAUCAGAGUGCUUUUAGGUACUCCUGAUUGGAGUCCAAAACAUUCCAUAAUCUUUUUGUUCAAUCAUGCCGAGGAAUCCCUUCAAGAUGGUUCACACAUGUUUUCGACUCAGCAUCCGAUCGCUUCGUCUGUACGCGCCGUAAUCAACCUCGAAGCCGCCGGAACAACAGGACGUGAAAUUCUUUUUCAAGCUACUUCGAAGGAGAUGAUUGAAGCGUAUGCCCAUGUCCCGAGACCAUUUGGUACCGUCUUCGCUAGUGAUAUCUUCGGAAGUGGGAUAAUCAUGUCAGACACUGAUUUCCGACAGUUCCAAGACUACCUUAACGUCACUGGUCUAGACAUGGCCAUCAUAGGGAAUUCAUACCUGUAUCACAUGCGUAAGGACCUUGUGGAAAAUAUCGAGCCUGGUGUCGGUCAACACAUGGGCGAGAACGCUCUUGCCCUACUGCUACACCUGUCGGGUCAUGCAAGUCCUCUUCCUCAAUUGACCGAUGGCUAUAGCAAGCCUGAAAUGGUGUAUUUCAGCCAUGUGAUCCCGUACUUCUUCAUAUACUCGUUCAGUACAGCCAAGAUCAUUUAUGCUGUAUUCCUGAUUGUGACGGUGGCGCUGAUACACUUCCGAAGUCCUUUCCCUGCAAAGACUUUCGUCUUGAGCGUUUUGGCAACGCUUUUUGCCUUUGUGGGUGCGCUGGCGGGUGCAAAUGCCGUAGCACUUGUUAUGACCCACGUGUUGGGGAAAAGCAUGAGCUGGUUCAAAGAUGAACUAUCGACAAUUGUACUUUAUGGGCCAGCUGCGAUUCUCGGUGCGGUGCUAACUUUCUACAAUAGGCCGCUUGUUUAUUCUUCCGUCUUGUUCGUCCAAGCGAUGGCUGCAUUUGGUCUGCAACUAUUGGGCUUGGGCUCCGCGUCCUUGUUCUUUGUUACAGCCCUUCCCUUGGUUAUUGCCUAUGCUCUUAAUCCACUCUUCGCCAGUUUCACCGGAGAGAAAGGAAUUUCUAUAUUGACGUAUGUCUUUGGAUCAUUCAUACCUCUCAUCACAGGCACCCUUGUCAUAGUGCCGACCAUAGAAGUCUUCGUCCCGUUGACAGGCCGCAUGUCUGCGUCGGCUCCAGCAGACCAUCUCAUCGCAACCAUCGUCACCGUCGUUGGCUCAGUUGGACUUCCUUUACUUGCACCGUUCUCUCACCGAUUCGGCCAAGGUUAUCUGAAGGAGUUUAUUGUAGUCCUGCUGGUUGUGAACGCGGCUUUAAUCGCUGUAUUUGCUCAAAGGGAUGUGUACGACGAUAUGCAUCAAAGGAGAGUAUUUGUUCUACGAGUGGAAAACGUAACUACCCAUGAACAUCACCUACAUCUGGCUGCGUCAGAUGGCGCGCCUGGUUUUCCAGACCUUGUUCACGCUAUUGCUGGUGACUUCGGCGCGCAGAGCGCGGUCGCACAAAGUGUUGUAAUGGACUAUUAUAAUGGGGAUUGGGACCCACUGUAUCCUUUCUCCGCUGCAAGUCCUUUCAUUUUCUUCCUCACGCCAUUUAAACUAGCUCUUCCCGCUUCCACGCAAGGUUUCCUAGAAAGUGGUGGUGAGUUUGAGGUUAAAGCCUUAAAUGAUGCAAGAGAUCUCGUUGCUGGCACCAGGAAAGUUACAUUGAGGAUCUACCAUCCGGGACUCAUCUGGACUGUUAUUGCCUUUGAUGCGCAUGUCCUCGAAUGGAAUUUAGAUGACAAUCCUCCGGACAAGCACACGAGGCAUCACAUCAAGGAAGCCUCAUUCUAUGGACAAGAUACAUGGGAAGUGGAUAUGGUCAUCAAAGAUGCCCCAAUACAGGUGAAUUAUAUAGGCCUGCUGGAGAAAGCGAUGUGGCCUGGUAAGCGAGCAACGAAGGCAGAAGGUGGGGAGUCGAUGGAGCUUUUUGAGCAACUAGACGCAUGGCUGGACGAGAAGACCGGCGGUAAGGUUGAUGCGACGCUAAUAGGUGGCGUAGGGGGGGUUGUGACACUUUGA